AUGGCGACAGUUAACGGUGUCACUAAUGAAAUUAAGGCUUCAGCCUUGGACCUAAUCGGUGAAACUCCAAUCGUUGCUCUCGAUAGACUUUAUACAGGGCCGGGUCGUAUUUUGGCAAAAUGUGAAUUCAUGAAUCCCGGUGCAUCAAUCAAAUGCAGGUCAUCACUGCACAUGAUACGAAAAGCGCUGGAGAAUGGAGACUUAAAACCUGGAGCUCCAGUAUUAGAGGUAACAUCAGGUAACCAAGGCUGUGGUCUGGCAAUCGUCUGUGCAGUACUAGGUCAUCCUUUAACUCUCACCAUGUCUAAAGGAAACAGUGUACAGAGAGCAAUACAUAUGGAAGCUCUCGGUGCGAAAUGUGUGAGGGUGCCACAAGUGGAGGGAACUUACGGUAACGUUACCCUUGCUGAUGUGAAAGCGGCUGAAGCGGAAGGUUUGAGGUUAGUGGACGAAAUAGGAGCAUACUAUGUAAACCAGUUUAAUAAUGAGGCGAACGCUGAAGCGCAUUACGAAACAACUGGACCUGAGAUUUGGAGACAAACCGGCCAUCACGUUGACGCUUUCGUUGCAACCGUAGGCACAGCUGGUACGUUCACAGGUACAUCGAGAUAUUUAAAAGAAAAGAAUCCAAAAUUACUAUCAUUUGUAGUGGAACCAUCAGGUUCUGAGCCUAUCAAAGGAAAGGAGAUUACAAAGCCCUUGCAUUUACUACAAGGAUCGGGUUACGGUUGUGUACCUAACCUUUUUAAAUUUGAAUAUAUGGAUGGAACAAUCAGCGUCACGGAUGAAGAAACUGUUAAAUAUAAGAAUCUCAUAGGAGAGAAGGAAGGAUUGUACGUUGGAUAUACGAGUGGUGCUAACGUUGCUGCAGCAGUUAAACUUUUACAAUCAGGGAAGUUACCAGAAGGUGCGUGGGUUGUAACCACACUAAAUGACAGUGGCUUAAAAUACACACCAGCUUCAGAAGAUUGUAUAUAG